AUGUGACCCACUGUCUGGUAUUUUCAGUCUCGCAGACCAUGCUAUGGCUAGCACGCAUUGAACAAGACUGCCAGCAAAAUAACGUCAAAGAGACAUGUUACAUUUUAGAAGUUAGAGCUACGCUCUACACAUUUUAACAAAAGAGACUAUGCAAACUGGAAACCGACCUCCCGUCUGUAUGCAGUCAGCCGUUGUGGAUGCGUACCCAGCUGGCGAAUUAGGUUUCUUGCCCGUUGAUAAAUGACCUGCCUCGUGUUUGUACAUCUAUUAUCCAGGUCUGGCCCUUGGGAUGCCAAAGCAGACAGACUUUGCACCACCACCCAUCCAAAAAGAUGCCGAGUCUAGAAGAUUUAUCACAAGUGCAUUCCUGAGACAUUUUGCAAGAAUUAUGAUGUCUCUGUUGUAUCCAGACAUUCCAUGCAGAGGCAGAGUGUACUUGAAAUCUUAUCCACCAAGAAUGCGACAUCUGAUGGGCCACUGCAAGAAGGCUGCGCAAAAGCAAACUGUUCAGAAGCAUGACAUCUGAAGUGACUUCAGGAGCUCCUCAAAAUGAGACAGACGGUUGAAAUGUGAGUGAAACCCCUGCGUUAAGUGUAGGAAUUGACCAACUCCCUAUAGUUAAAGACGGUGAAGGACAGCCUGCUGCUUUGGACUUAUCAAAUCAGAACCCUACUCGAGAUCCUCUCACAUUACUAACUGACUGUACUGAAUUGAGAAGGUAUAGUCGAGCAUGUAAGGACAACAAGGAAACGCCUGAACAGAACAAUCUAGAAUUGAGAUCAGAAUCUGAAAAAGAUCAACAUUCCAUAUCUAGGCUUACUCAUUCCGAAACAGUCAAGUGCAUAAGUCAAAGAUGGACUGGAAAGAUGGACAAACGCAAUAGUGAUAGUGAUAACAUCUCAGGCAAUGAAAACCCAGACAGGAGCUUCACCAGUGGAGAAGAUGCGACUCAAUCAGUAGUUGAUCGAAAACCAAAUGGUGUUAGAACAAGCGGUUCUAGUCAUAACAAUACUCGUGUAGAAAGCGACAGAACAAAAGUAGCUUUAGAAUUUGAAAAUGCUCUCCAAGUCAAGACUGAUGUGAUGGAAGACGAAGACCUCAAUGUAAUGCCACAGGCAAAAAACAAGGUAGCAGCCACUGACUCAAUAGUACAGAGUGAUGUUGAGGUGGAAUUAGAUGAAUCAAGCAUGGAAGUUUCUCAACCAUUAGGGUCAUCAAGUCCUGACAUAUUUGAAUCGCCCAGAAGGUUCAGGCCUCGUCAUACAUCUCCAUCUCCUCCUCCUCCUCCCACCCGUCCUCUUAUUAACCAAAAACGGGGGCGCAGGCGAAGGGGUGGAGGAGGACCAUGGAAGUGUGAGUAUUGUGGUCGCGUUUUCCCCCACAAUUCAGCCUACACCGUCCACCUCCGCGUUCACACUGGCGAGAAGCCGCACAAGUGCGAAGAGUGCGGCAGGGGCUUUGCCCAGGCGUCCAACCUCAACGCCCACAUGAGGGUACACAACAAGGCGAGCAAGCUGGAGUGCUGUGGCAUACAUUUCUACAGACUCACAUCGUACCGCAAGCACCGCAAAACCCACACAGAAGCAGUGCCAAGGAAGAAACGCAGGACUCCAAGUCACAGCAAUGACUUCCCGAUUUUGAAGUGUCCCACCUGUGGCAAAGUUUUUCGCUGUCAGUCCACUCUGCGUGUCCACAUGCGCGUCCACAGUGGCGAGAAGCCGUUUACUUGCAAAGUCUGCGGCAAGUCCUUCACUCAAGCCAACUCUGUCCGUGUUCACGAGAAGAUUCAUUGGUCAGUCAAGACGUUCAUGUGCAUGGAUUGCGGUCGAGGCUUUUCCCAGCCUCAGAGUCUCAAAGUACAUGUCUGCAAAGCCAAAGGUGGCGCUUCCUCCAACCACCUUAAUGUAGGUUAUCGAUGUCACUUGUGCCAUAAAAUCAUUGUGGACAAACGACAGUAUGAGCUUCAUUUGCAGGCCCAUACAGACACUGAGCGAUAUUCUUGUGAGUAUUGUGGUCAGAAGUUCAGCCUUCGCUCUGAAGUGAAUAUCCACCAUCUCUACUGUUCCAGAACAAACCCUGCCGAGCCAGUCCAAGAAUACCCCAAACCUCGAAUUACAUCCUCGCCGGAUUACAGCCCCUGUAACAGCCCCCGUCCCCAACUGAGCCCCUCGCGUGAAGUAGCAGCCAGUCGUCCAGAAGGACAGCUACCUGCAAAUGCGUUGACGACUUAUGCCAGAUUGAGGGGCGAACCUCAACAAAGCACAAUUCCAGAACCAGUCACCAACGGCAAAGCACGACGGUCACUGCUGAGGUGCCCAGUUCAGUUGUUGACCAGCUCCGUGGAUCAAGACUUGCAUUCUAAACAUCCACUAGCUGUCAAUUCUAUCAUACAGCAGUUGAAUAACUUGGACCACAAACAAGACCCAAGGAAGUAUUUUUGCCCGCGGUGCGGUCGUCUCUUCAGGCACGUGAUGAGACUCCGUGCCCACAUGCUCACCCACUCGCGGAGCAAGGGCUACAUCUGUGGCAGCUGCGGCAAGACACUAGCAAGCUGGAGGGAGCUCUGGCGGCACCAGCGAGUGCACAGGCAGAAGAAAGGACGCUUCUUUUGUCCCACGUGCGCACAGGGUUUCCGGUUUGUGAGUCCAUACCUGGAUCACCUGAGGACACAUCCAGAGUUGAACUUGUUCGCCUGCACCCUCUGCAGCAUGACUUUUGUCAAUUCACAGAGCCUGAAAGCUCACCAGCGUGAUUGGCACAAGCAGAGUUUACCUUACAGCUGUGAUCGUUGUGGGCAGGGGUUUAGCAGUCAGAGGAUGCUGGACAGACACAACGUUUGGCAUGAAAGAGUUAGACAGAGAGAGUCAUCAGAUAAACGGAAGAUGGAGCCGAAGCCUGAUGUGCUGCCUUAUCAGUGUGCGGAAUGUGACUCGAUGUUCAAAACCGUGGAUGUGCUUUUCCAGCAUCAGCUCUGCCAUGCUCUUUUGGAAGACGGAGUGGCAGGGGACACGGGAGAGGCAGGGGACACGGGAGAGGCUGAGGACCAGAAUCAACCAAACCACACUGAUGAGUGUGUCAACUCGACCAGUCCUCGCCGUAGUGGAGAUGCAAAAUCACCAACCAGUCCCUCCGUGGCAACUUCUGCUAGCCCACCCCAGAUCGCAGCUCCCCUAGAACCUGUACCUUCUCAAAACGACCAGCUGCCAAAAGCUCAAACUGAUUCGGAAGUAGACGCACCACUCCAAAAAUCCCCUUUGAACUCCUCUUCCCCUCCCAUCUCUGAUUCCCAGCCCACCAAUGGCCAAGCGGCUGCAGAGGCAUCCUUUACUGAGGUCAAAUCCUCCAUGACCACGCCACAGGUCAUGGAAGACAUGCCUACCCAAGAACAUGAACAAGGGCAUGUGGCAGAAAAGGCCUGAUCAUACUUGUUCUGGACUGUGUUUCCCAAAAACUCUUUAGUAGUCCUUAAAGGGACACUGUGUGAGAUUUUUAGUUGUUUAUUUCCAGAAUUCAUGCUGCCCAUUCACUAAUGUUACUUUUUUCAUGAAUACUUACCACCAGCAUCAAAUUCUAAGUAUUCAUUAUGACUGGAAAAAUUGCACUUUUCAUACAUGAAAAGGGGAUCUUCUCCAUGGUCCGCCAUUUUGAAUUUCCAAAAGUAGCUUUUUUUAGCUGCAAAAAUGACUGUACUUGGACCAUACUAGAAAAUAUUUGUUUAUUACUUAGUAGACUUUCAUGUAAAGACCAAAUUUGGCAAUAGGCAGCCCAGUUUCAAUGAGCGGCAUAGUUGCAGUACCUUUUUUGACCAUUUCCUGCACAGUGUCCCUUUAAGCCUACGUAUGAGGUGCCACCUAGGCAAUGCAUCACAUCUGGUGAUUUUGGUGUCACCAAAAGUUUAUAUAUAAAAUACUUGUAUUGGCCUACAUACAUUUUGUUCUGGUACAUGCAAAUCAAAUAUUUGCGCAAAGUGCAUGUGCAAGGUAAAAUAGUGUAUUUAUAAUCUUAUAGUGAUGAUGUGAGACCUAUUUCUGGUAUAUUGCCUAGAGGGCACUUCAUACUUAAGAACUACUUUGGCUUAAGUACCACUGACGCGUUUUUGGGAAACACAGCCCACUGUGGUGCUACUUUGUCUGGUGUGACAGAGCUGUUUUAACAGGACACUAAAUGCUACAUGCAAGAGGAGAUGUAUAGAAAAAAAUCUUGAAAUCAUGUCAUUUUUUUGAUCCACGAGUGUCUUUGUUAAAGUAUUAUGUUUCAUGACCUUCCAAUUAGGCAUUCAGGACAUUGCUUUGAUGUACACUUACUUAUUAGAGCAGUCCUUUUAGCAGAAAAAACAUACUGCUACGUUUUGACAGCAGAAGAUGAUGUCUAUGAGGAUGUUCUUAUGCAUUGUUUAGAUUUUACAGUAGGUUAAAAAAAUAAAGUGACCUUUAUGCUCAUGGUA